AUAACAUCGUCAGAGUGCCAUUACGAGGCCAGAAUCUCGCCAGGUCCCCCCUGCCUUCUAUCACAGCCAUUUAGACACCAAAAUCGUCGUUUUCGCGCCGUUUUACGCGCGCUAUUCCUAGCGAUCAAGAUGAGGGGCGCUUCCCGCCCCCAUCCGUUGACCACCCCGGCAGACGUCACAUCACUAGUCCGAGAUGCCGCUUGCGCUCCGAAUUUUUUUUCUAUAUAAGCAGCCACCUCGCUGGUAUACGCCAAGGAUUUGCCAGAUAUGUAGACCAGAGAUCAUGCAGGCUAUCAGUGAAAAGUCCCAAAUGGGUGCAAAAGAACCCACCAGGAUUUCACCCAGCAAAAGGACCAAGUUGGAACUGGCCGAAGACAAACAUCAUAGCGACGAUAUGGCCCACGAUAGUGGUCCGGAAAGCAACGAUACCGGACUUACACCGAUUGUGUCGCGAUCUGAAAAGCACCAGCUAGCAGAUCAAUUGGGGGAUGCCCACCUCAACAUUUUACCGUUGAAGAAGCUCCUAGUGUGCCUCACAGCCCUCUCGUUGGGCCUCUUCAUCUCGUUUUGCGACCAGACUGGGUUGACUAUCGCAUUGCCGCAAAUUGCCAAGGACUUGAAUGCGGAAACCUCCAUCAACUGGGCUGGUACUUCGUCGUUGUUAGCCAACUGUGUAUGCCAGGUGUUGUUCGGCAGAUUGGCCGACAUUUUUGGCCGGAAAAACAUUCUCUUGACAUCGUUGGGAAUUUUGGCGGUAGCAGACUUGAUCUGUGGAUUUGUCAAAACGGGACCACAAUUCUAUGUGUUCCGAGCAUUUGCUGGAAUUGGUGCUGGAGGUACCCAGUCGUUGACCAUGGUGAUGUUGAGCGACAUCGUUACCUUGAAGCAAAGAGGAAAGUACCAGGGAAUUUUGGGUGCCCAAGUUGGCCUUGGGAAUGCUCUUGGUCCCUUCAUCAUGGCGGGGUUUGUUGAGCACAACAGCUGGAGAAAUUUCUAUCACAUGAUGCCAGCAUUGAUUGUGAUGGUGAUGCUCACCAUCUGGUACUUGAUCGACGACAGAUCAAACUCCCAGAAGCUUUCCAGCGUUCUUUCACGGGCUGAGAAAUUCAAGAAGAUCGACUACUUGGGCCUUUUAUUUUCCACUGCCAGCUUGACGUUACUUUUGGUGCCUAUCAGUGGUGGUGGAAGCACUUAUGCCUGGAACAGUACACUUGUGAUCGUGAUGUUUAUUAUUGGCGGAGGCUGCUUCGUAGGGUUCGUGUUGAUUGAAUGGAAGAUCCCCAAGCUUCCUAUGAUUCCCUUGGAUUUGUUCGGACGGUUGUCGUUGUCAAUUAUUCUCUUGUCCAACUUCUUUUUUGGAAUGGCAUACUAUGGAGUGCUCUACUACUUACCGUAUUACCUUCAGAUUGUCCGUCAGUUGGAUGCAAUUCACUCGUCGAUUUUCGUACUUCCUUUGGUGUUACCCAUGUCGAUCAUGUCUAUUGUUGCUGGACAAAUUAUUUCCAGAACGGGCCACUACAAGUUCGUUAUCAUCGCUGGAUACACUGUAUGGACCCUUGCGUGUGGGUUGUUGAUGGUUUUCAACAAGACUACCAAUUAUGGGGUAAUAGUGGUCAUUUUGUUGCUCAUGGGCUCCGGAAUUGGCUGGACGUUCCAGCCCACGAUGGUGGCUGCACAGGCCCUGGCCAGAAAGGCCGAAAGAGCCGUGGUAAUAAGUGCCAGAAAUGUGUUGAGAUCGUUUGGUGGUGCCGUGGGUGUAGCCAUCGCUUCGUUGAUCGUGAGCAACAGUCUUUUGAAAGAAAUUGACCAACAAGGAGACGACUCCAUAUUGAGUUCUGCCUUUUUGACCUACAUGAAAACUCACAUCUAUACAAGAAUCGACCCCUCCGGCAUGAGCAGGGACCAGGUGGAAUUGAUCAAGACGAUGUAUAUGAAGUCGAUCAAAAACUUUUUCAUUCUUACCAUUCCCUUAAUGGGUGUAUGCUUGGUGAGCAAUCUUUUUGUGAAGGAUAAUGGGUUGCAGUGUAUAGACGAGUUGCCAGAAAAACAGGUAGAGAAGGUUGGGGAUAAACAGGUCUAGUUAGAUCAUCUUAUUAAUUUACGUGCAUAUACAAUAUUUUUAAAAACUUAUACUUGAGAUAGAUUAUAAGUCAAGCACCGCAGUUCUGAAGACUAUGCGGGUAUUUGGCUGUAGGCUGGAAAGGAC